GGUCCAGUGCAGUCUCAGCUGUCACCAAUACGAAUGAAUGGUGCUCGACACAAUGAAAGCACUGCAAAUUCUAGUCGAGACUUUAAUACUAGUUUGCUAGGCUCUGCACCAAGUUAUCCUAGCGUUGUGUCUUCAACUCCUCUCACUGUACCAAUGAAGCGCAUUGAAGAAACCCCAAUCAAGGAGUUUCCAUAUAAGGACCUUCUUGCUAGUCAUGGUAGACUACCAAAGGGUGUUGAUCGCACAAGACUUGAGUUCUAUCUUUCCGAUGUUGAAUUCCAAAAGGUAUUCAAACUUUCACGAGCUGCUUUCUACCGGUUGCCAGAAUGGAAGCGCAACGACCUCAAACGCAGAGUCGAUCUCUUCUAA